AUGAAUAUCAUUAUAUAUGCAUGCAUAAUUGGCUAUGCGAUUAGCGAGGUAUGGUUUCAAGUAAGUUGCUUUUAGACUGAUUUAGAUUAAGCUUAUAAUUAUUUGGUUGAAAAUUAAGAUCAAUUAAUUCUCGGUUAAUGGACGGCAAGCUCGGAUUACUUAGUUUACAUAAAUAUAAUUUAUGAUAAUCAAAAUCUGAUAAUGUAAGUCUAUCCCAAAAGGCACAAUCUCUUGCAUGAAAAGCAUUAUUUCAGACUCAGUUAUUCCCUUUUGAACAGUUCAUAUUAUUAUGAUACAGUUGAAAGAUAUAUGACUUGGCAGAACAUAGAUGUUGUGGUUGAAUUAUAAAACAGUUAGAAGCACCCCUAAACUAUAUGCAAGGCUAUGCUGUAGGUGGAGGUUUCAACAUAAACGAUCAUUCUCCAUAGUUAAUUUGAUGAGCAAUGCAACGUAACUGAAGAGAGAAUCCGCCUUUUCAUAUUCAGUAAUUCGGUUUACGAAAUCCAAGUGUUAUCAUAUACUAUCCUAAUUAUAUUCAUAUCCCUAGUACAAAUAACUAGUGCUCAUUUAUAUUUAAAGUCAGAUCCAGCAGAAAACUUGGGAGCAUCAAUGACUAUAUCAAUAAUCUUGACGCAAGAUAUUUUCAUUUGUAUUUUCAGCUCAUUGCUAUUUGAUAUGCCAAGAUUGUACUAUUUCUUACCUUGUUUACUUUGUUAAUUGACAGCAAUAUACUACGAUCUCAAAUUGAAAGCCAAACUCACUAACAUGGAGAGAAACAAGAAAACCCUAAUACUUUUGCAACUUAUUGAAGUAUCAUCUGUCACUUUUUUAUUUUUAAGAAUUAGACAUUCAUUUGAGUUAACACUCUUAAAUACAUUUUUAAUUCCCCAAAUUCUAAUCACAUUUUAUUCAGGAGAAAGACAGAGGUUCAAUAAAUACUAUGUGGGAUCAAUAUUCCCAAGAGCUCUGCUGUCCAUAUACGCAAGGGGAUGCUCUCAAAAUAUAUUACAACUUAUGCAAAAAGUUCAUGUGGUCUAUGUCAUAGUGCUUAUCCUAUUGAUCUAGCUCCUGGUUUAUUAUUGCUAAAACUAAUUUGGAUGGUUUAUUCUAAGAAGGAAUAUACACAACUACUUCAUCAAGUAAACAGAUGAGCAUCAAUAAUCAGAUUGUGCCAUCUGUUUAAUUAAACUAUCAUAAACUCCUGAAAAUACGUUGAGUAAAGGGGAACCAUAUGUGUUACAAACCAUUAAUUAAGCAUCUCGAGAUCAUUUGUUGAUGAACACUCCUUGUGUAAAUUAUAGAUAAUUACAUUAGAAUCAUUAAUUUCACCCUUCUUGUUUGAGUUAGUGGAUGUUAAUCAAUCUUUCUUGCCCAUUAUGUAAGAGUUCUCUGCCUUAAGUGUUUUGA